AACAGAACGUAGGGGCUACUGGAGCCCAGUAACAGAACGUAGGAGCUACUGGAGCCCAGUAACAGAACAUAGGGUCUACUGGAGCUCAGCGACUCACUUUAUUGGCUGUCCCAGGUUAGUUAAAGAGCAUUACUGGCUGUAUGGCAGAGGGUUAAGGGCUAAUUGAGCUCAGUGACAGAUGGGUAGGGGCUACGGAAUAUGACAGAAGGUUAGAGGCUACUGUUUCUCAGAGACAGAAGGUUAGAGGCUACUGGAUUUCAGAGACAGAAGAUUAGAGGCUACUGAAUCUGACAGAAGGUUAGAGGCUACUGAAUCUGGCAGAAGGUUAGAGGCUACUGAGUCUCAGAGACAGAAGGUUAGGGGCUACUGGAACCUGAGAGACAGAGGGUUAGGGGCUACUGGAACCUGAGAGACAGAGGGUUUGGGGCUACUGGAACCUGAGAGACAGAGGGUUUGGGGCUACUGGAACCUGAGAGACAGAGGGUUUGGGGCUACUGGAACCUGAGAGACAGAGGGUUUGGGGCUACUGGAACCUGAGAGACAGAGGGUUUGGGGCUACUGGAACCUGAGAGACAGAGGGUUAGGGGCUACUGGAACCUGAGAGACAGAGGGUUUGGGGCUACUGGAGCUCAGUGACAGAUGGUUUGGGGCUACUGGAGCUCAGUGACAGAUGGUUUGGGGCUAUUCAAUGACAGGAUACUGGGGCACAGGUAUUUUAGGGAUAAGGCUAUAUGUAUGCAGUGGCACAGAGCUAGGGGUUAUAGAGACACACACAUUUAGCAAUUAGGGUAAUUUUCUGGAGGAAUAGACAUAAAUAGCUAGGGUGACUGGGGCACAGCCAUUAAUAGAGGCUUCUGGAGUUCAGGGAUAGGGUUAUGGUUACUAGGGGAACCUGCAUAUAGUAAAGCCAGUUACGUGGGGGCAAUUACACAGGCAGAGAAGUCAGGGAAGCAAAUGAAUGGCGGGUCAGAGGUCACUGGAGCAUUGAACCAUUGGCCACUGAAGCAAUCUGGCUGAUUGGUAGUAGCUUCUGCUGGUGGUUAUUACUUUACUGCGGGCUAGUAGCCAAAUGACUGGAAUGACUGAUACUCCAUGGCAGAUACAGAGGUUAUUAGGGCAGAAGCAUAGAGAGAGUGGGUAUUGUUGCUCUGUCAUUAAAGCCCUGGUAAGUCUGGGCCAGGGUGAGUGGUAGAGGGAUUCUAUGAGCUAGGGCCUACUGACUGAGGGGUAAGGCCGGGGGGAUUCGCUUUGGAGAAGCAGCGAACAGAGAUACUUAUAAAGCUUUCUGAUUGGCAGGAAGGAUAGUAGUAUUAGGGCACAUAGUAGAGGCUACACAGUUGAAUUGGGGGCACUCUGGUGAUUCCGGUGGGUGCUGAGCAGCAGGGUAGGCAGAUAUAACUUGCCUGGAGCUGGCAAAGGAACUGAGGCACAGGAGAUAACCUAUAGGCACGAGGGAGGCACCCAAGAAACACUGUAUUAGCCACACACCCCCCUGAUACUCAGGUCCUGGGAGUAACUCCCGGCCACCAGAACAAAUGCUGGGAACAGGCAGGAUGGAGGAAUUUCACAGCGAGGAGGAGGAGCCAUGGUAUGACCAGCAUGACCUGGAGCAAGAUUUGCACCUGGCGGCGGAGCUGGGGAAGACUCUCCUGGAGCGCAACAAGGAACUGGAGGUGUCGCUGCAACAGAUGUACCUGAGUAAUGAGGAGCAGGUUCAGGAGAUUGAGUACCUAAGCAAACAGCUGGACAUGCUCCGGCAGGUGAAUGAGCAGCACGCCAAGGUGUACGAGCAGUUAGACACCAUGGCACGGGAUUUGGAGAUGACCAAUCAGAGGCUGGUACAGGAGAACAAGGCAGCCCAGCACAAAAUAAUGAGUCUCACAGACACCAUCGAUGGGCUACAGAGGCAGGUGGAGUCGCUGCAGAAGCAGGUGGAGGAUCUGCGCAGCGUGGAGCAGGUGCGCAUCAGGAGGGAGAAGCGGGAGAGGCGCCGCACUAUCCACACCUUCCCCUGCAUUAGGGAGCUGUGUGCCAACUCCAGGCACGAAGAGACCCUGUACAUGCAUGCCUCCUGCCUAGAUCUGUCCCAGAAGCCCUUGCAGAGGGAAAAUGAACGCCUGCAGAGUGCCGUCAACUCCCUGCGCGCCCAGGUAGCUGAGGAAAGGCAGCGCAAAGAGAGGGCUGAGCGGGAGUACCAGGCUGUGGUGCAAGAGUAUUCCGACCUGGAGCAGAGAGUGUGCGAGAUGGAGAACUGCAAGCUGCGUGUGCGGGAGCUGGAGGCAGAGCUGGUGGAGCUGCAGCAGAUGAAGCAGGUGAAACGAUACCUGCUGGGCCGGGGUGACAGCCUUUCCCAGGCUCUUCUGGAGCCCCUUAAUAAGACCCCGGAGACAGAUGAUCCAGAACCCCCUGAAGAAGGUCAAGUAGAUGUGAGCAGGGGCCAGGUGACUCCAAACUCGGUGGUGAGGAAAAGCUGCAGUGACACAGCCUUGAGUGACAUUGUGGGAAGGGAUGCCGUCAGCCGGCACGAGGGCAAUUAUACCCUACAUGCCAACAACACCCGGCGCCGUGGCAUGUCCAUACUGCGAGAGGUUGAUGAACAGUACCACGCUCUCCUGGAACGCUAUGAGGAGCUGCUGGCCAAGUGCAGGAGGCACGAGGACAAUCUCUGCCAUGCCGGAGUGCAAACAUCCCGUCCGGUUUCACGGGACAGCUCCAGCCGAGACCUCCCGGCAGAGGAGGUCGAGCCGGAGAGAGUGCUGACCUUGCAAUUGGAAGCGGCAGAUCGGAGACUGGAGCAGAGCCAGCCAGAGUACAAGGCGCUCUUCAAAGAGAUAUUUAACCGCAUCCAGAGAACCAAGCAAGAUAUCAAUGCCGGCAAAGGGCCUGGGGGCAAGUAAAAGGCCUUCUGCCAUUCCCCUCUGCAAGGAAUGCUGCCAUGUAAUGCCUAUUAUGCGCCAGUUAUUAUUUAAUUACCCCCCUACUAACCUUUCUGCCUUGCUGUAGCAGGAAUCUGCACCACUGACACUGCUAUGCAUAUAUUUAUAUCCUAGGCCUAGAAGUCCUACCUGCCUCCCUUGAACUACAACUUUUAUAAUACUCUAACAGCCAUAGGGGAGGGACUCAGGAUGUAUAGCACUGAACUGCUUCUUCUGCUUAUUUAUACGCACACUAUGGUACACAGUUUUAUAUAGACACACACGUGCACAUUGUUGGGCAGGUACAUAUUUGGCACACACAGCGCCAGUGCAAUAUACACCUACAGGUAUACACUGCUAGACAGACACUACUGUGCACAUACUCUGCUAGACAGACACACUACAGUGCACAUACACUGCUAGACAGAAACACUAUGUGCAUAUACACUGCUAGACAGACACUACUGUGCACAUACUCUGCUAGACAGACACUACUGUGCACAUACUCUGCUAGACAGACACACUACAGUGCACAUACACUGCUAGACAGAAACACUAUGUGCAUAUACACUGCUAGACAGACACACUAGAGUGCACAUACAUUGCUAGACAGACACACUAUGUGCAUAUACACUGCUAGACAGACAAACUACAGUGCACAUACACUGCUAGUCAGACACACUAUGUGCAUAUACACUGCUAGACAGACACACUAUGUGCAUAUACACUGCUAGUCAGACACACUACAGUGCCCAUACACUGCUAGACAGACACACUACAGUGCACAUAGACAGACACAACAGUGCUAUGCUGUCACAACCGUUUCUACUUUUCCUUAUUAUUAAUGAUCUUUAUGCUGUGCACUAGAUCUCAGGGGCUAAGAACCCAACCCCAUGCUUUUCCUUUACCCAGCUUGGAGCAGUCAUUGGCCUCUCUUCUGCGAACUAGCAGUCCCUUGGCCUCUGUAAGCCAUUGGAAUGAUCCAGUUUCCCAAAUGAAGUCUGGCUAGGCUUGUUGGCUGAGCAGAAAGUCUGACACGUGCACGGAAUAGGCCUCUCCAUAGGCUUAGAUUAUUGGCCUAGUCUGAAAGAUCAGAAUCAGCCUGGAUAGGACCACUAUGUGAGCAGCUUUAUACAGGGUGACUUUCCCUUUUGGAAGGCCAAAGGCAGUCCAGUAUACAAAAUAGAUGUUUAUGGAGGAAAUCUGGGUCCUUUGCAUCAUGGACUGCAGUGGAGUACAACACAAGCCCUGAAAUAUAGCAAGAAGGGAAAGGAUCAUGUGACUACUGCACAAUCAGGGGGUGUACGGCUGAAGCCAUUCUUGCUGCAGGCCAAGCUCUUAUGCAAGAGUCUAUACAAUGUAAACUCAUUGCCUGUCUCAAUGGUUCCCAUUAUCUGUCGCCGCCGCAUAGUGCCUCGUGCACGUCCCAGAGCAAUGAUGCCAUUUUCUAUGUAGGUCACAUUAACUAGGUACUGGCUGGCCACAACCAUGCAGACAUACUGCCCAAGAGACUAGCUGGCUUAAUGUGCCAGAUGUACUGGGACACACUGAUGUGAUUGGCCAGUUGACCCACACACUACUAGAAAUGAGCAGUCAGAUUUGGGUCUCUCUUGCAUUAUAUCUAUCCCUUCAGCUGUGUAGUGUUAUUGCCCCGCUAAUCUGCCUGUGCCAUCUGAUGUCAGUAUUUAACCCUUUACUUCUUACAUUGACCUGCUAAGUAUCGCUCUGUGAAAACAGAAACAUCAAGCUUUAGGAUAGUCGUAGAUCCUCAGGACAGGGUGUAAGCCAAUGAGGGGCAAGCAACACUGCCCCCUUUCAUAGGGGAUAGAUGGGCCAUAGUUAACCCUGUGUAUUCCUUGCUUUGUAUAUGUGAAGGCCUCUUGGUUCAAUGCAGCAAUGCCCAACCUGCACUACAACUCUUGUAACAGCUUCACACUCACAGCUAGAGAUUGGUAGGCAUGCUUGGAGCCAUCCUUUGGUACCAUGAACGGCACAGGUUGCUGUAAGCUCUGUGGCCCAGGAUGUAUUCUGUUUAAAGUGUGCAGGGGGUCGAGAACAAGCACGCUCUCCCGAAGAUCAGUAUUGAGAACCUAACUGGAAUAAACUGACACAGUAUUAGCUCUAAAAGGCCAAUCUGGUAUAUUGUGGUCUGAUCUAGCCAUUUUAUUCAUAUGUCUAUUUAAAAUUCACUUAUUCCUGUGUCAAUAAAUAUUUUAGAUUAUUCUAA